AUGGACAUGGAUGGGAUGGACAUGUCGAUGGACUCGAUGAGUUCCAGCGGCAUGUUCCAAGCGACGAAUAUGUCUUAUGCUUACACAUUUUGGUACCUCAUAGCAGCUGUCAUGGGCAUGCUGAUGGUAGUGCGUCUACUCAAUUACGGGCAAAAUUGGGCUAGGCUGAGAAACUCGAAAAUGCUUUCUACCGAACAUCCCACGAAACCAAAAACCUGGUAUUUUCAAGCAUGGGCAACCUUGACUGCUGUCGGCCGCGAGGUUAGCUACCCACAGCUAUACAUUCCAUCUAAACGGCUGUCCUGGCUGACACCACCACCCAUGGGCCGAGUCAUUUGCCUUUUCGUCUACUGGGCUGUCAUUAUCUACAUGAUGACUGCAGGCGCAGUCGUCAAGGACGCAUACUUCUGGGAGCGCAUUGGAUUUCGCAACGCCUGGGUCACAGUGACGCAGGUUCCCCUCCUGUACUUGCUUUCAUCCAAGACGAGUAUUAUAGCUCUGCUUGCAGGUUCAAGCUACGAGAGACUCAAUUGGCUGCACCGCUGGGUGGCGCGGACCAUGUUCGUUACGGCUACCGUGCAUGGAUUUCACUUCUGGUCGGAAUGGGUACUCUACGACUACGUUGACUUGGAAUUGGCCAUGAUGCCAUCUAUUCGAUAUGGACUUGGCGCCUGGGGGAUUCUCUUGUGGAUGGUCAUCACUUCCCUGAAACCCUUUCGCUCCAUGGCCUACGAGAUCUUUGUGUUGCAGCACAUUCUUGCUGCAAUCAUGUUCUUGUGGGUAAUAUAUGUGCACGUACCCGCGUAUGCGCAAUACAACAUCUGGUUUGCCAUUGCAGUAUUGGUGUUUGAUCGAGUAUUUCGCUUUGGCCUUCUUCUCUGGCAGAAUAUCAAGCUCAACCCAAACCCGUCGCGCUGCAAGGGAGGCCAGAGAUUUGGCCAUCAGACGCAAACCAGCUCCGUUGGAGACUCAAUCACCAUCUUGACGAUCAAAGAUGUUCAUUUCACAUGGAAUGCUGGACAGCAUCUCUAUUUGUGGCUGCCACAAGUCGGUCCCUUGGAGGCACAUCCUUUCACAAUCGCCUGUGCCCAUCAAAUGCCCGAGACAUGCAUUUGUAAUAGCAUUCAACUAGUGAUCCGAUCGCACUCUGGCUUCUCGAAACGACUUCAUUCGUAUGCGAAAAGAAUGGAAGCCUUGGGAAACAAAAAAACACUCACCGCUUUUGUGUCAGGUCCCUACGGUCGUCCGCCGCGCUGGGACAUAUUUGAGACGCUGGUCCUUGUGUCAGCAUCGACGGGUGCUUCGUUUACUUUACCGAUCCUCGAGAGCGUGCUCCAGUGCAAGUCAACGAUUUGUACCAAGCGCAUUGACUUUCUCUUGACGGCCCGCCAGGGUGAGGAGAUUGGGUUCUACCUUGACCGACUACAUGAUGCGCUGAAUGCAGCCAGCGAAAAAGGUAUUACAUUGUCUGUGCAUAUUGCAGUGACAGGCAACGGGCAACUGGAGUCGUUUUCGAGGUCACAGUUGUCUUCAGUAUCUGGAUCGACGAGUGGUCGUGAGAAAAAGACACUGGCGGUGGAGCGGACUGGCACAACAGAAAAAUCUGGCGGCGGUUGCUGUUCCACAGAUGUUGAAGCGUCUGCCGGCAUAUCGCCUCGAAAACGCCUAUCUCAGGCAAGUAAUGACUCCCACAUACACCAUUCUACGUCUAGACCCGACGUGGCAAGCUUUAUAAGAUGCGCCGUGGAGGCUACAGGAGGUGAGACUGGAAUAGUCGUCUGUGGCGGCACUGCUCUUGUUGCCAGAGUCCGGACCAGUGUGGCGAAACUGAGCGACGAGCGUGCUGUCCACAAGGGAACUGGUGCUCAAGGGAUACAUCUUCACGUAGAAGAAUACUGCUUUUAA